UCUCAUUUCCUCCUUAAUUCAAAGUUCUUUUUCAUUCCCUUAUUCCCUUUGCUUUUUUCCUUCUGAAAAAAGUUAUCAAAAUGGCAGAAAUGGGAAAGGUGAUCUCAUGCCACAAUCUUGGCUCAUGGAACCAACAACUCCUCAAAGCCAAACAAUAUAACAAGCUGCUUGUUGUGAACUUUACUGCAAAAUGGUGCGGUCCGUGCCGUGCCAUGGCUCUUGUUCUCGAAGAAUUAGCGAAGAAGAUGAAUAAUGUCAUUUUUUUGAAAGUAGACAUUGAUGAGCUCAAUAGUGUUGCGGAGGAGUUUGAAGUGGGUGCCAUUCCUUCAUAUCUGUUCUUCAAGAAUGGGAAAUUGGUUGACAAGUUCGAGGGUGCAAAGAAAGAUGUCCUGAAAAGCACUGUAUCCAAACAUGCUGCAUGAACAAGUAGCUCUACAAAGGAUUGAUUUAAUCAACCAUUAAUAAUGCUACAAAUUUCAACAUCCACAAACAUAUGCAGUUGAAAUAUUCUAAAAAAAAAGGGGAAAAAAAACUAUAUAAAUGUGAGUUGAGUUGGAUCAGUUAUUUAGACAGUUUUCUUUUUUAUUAAAAAGAUAUUUCGUGAACAAAAGAGAAGUACAGAUGAAGAGUUAGAGGAAAGUUUUUAGUUGGAAGCAUUAUAAUUACAAAAAAGAGAGUAAGUUUAGAGUAUCAAGAAAGGGUAGCCAUAGAUUUGCCUUUGAAACUUCUAUUGCAAGAGAAAGGGGAUCAGUUUAGUUACAUGUACGUUACCUAAAUAAUAUGUAAAAGAUACAUUAUAUAAUUGUACGUUUAACGUAUAUUAGUACAACAAAUAUGAUAUAGAGAUUUGAAUGUUCGAGUA